AUGCCGCGCCGUGUCGUUGCGUCGGGACGGUCUUGUCUCGAAUGCCGCCGCCGUAAGAUCAGAUGUGACCGAUCCCUGCCAUGCGCAUAUUGCAUCCGCACACGCAUAGAGUGCACAUAUCCACCACCGAGACCAGCGGACAGAGAUGCCGCAUCUGCCAACCGCGCCCUGUUGGCUCGUGUGGAAAGACUGGAGGGCGUCAUACAGUCCCUGCAAUCCGAUCUGUCGCAAUUCCGGCAUCGUCUGCCCGUCAGUCCCCUGUUGUCCAACACCGGCCAGGAAGAGGAAGGCCAUCACGUUGGCUCUGCAGUCGAACAUGACCUGCGCUGCUCCAGCCCAGCAUCCAAUCCUUCACGAUCCCUCGAUGGGCGGUUGGGGCAUUCUUUCCCCUUCCACCUGGGUCCCUCACCACCACUGGGGCCACUUCACCCGUCUCCCUCUGUGAUAUCGACCAUCUGGCAGACAUACCUGGACGUGGUAGACCCGGUUCUCAAGAUAUUUCAUGUCCCGACUGUGCAACGACAGGUCCUAAGUCUCAUUCGCGGUCAACCAAUCCUCGACGCCCCCACAGAAUGCUUGAUGUUUGCAAUCUAUUACUCUACCUUCGUGGCCAUGUCGGCGGCAGAGUGCCAAAGAGAAUUUCACGAGGACCGGACAUUGUUACUGAGCCGGUAUCGGACAGGAGUCGAGCAUUCUCUUCUGAAGGCGAAUUUCCUGAAUUCGGUGGACAUGACGGUCCUACAAGCAUUCGCCCUCUAUCUGAUCUGUGGCAGACGUGAUGAGAAUGGGCCCGACGUUUGCGCCCUCGUCGGAGUUGCCAUUGGGACCGCUAUGAGAAUUGGUCUUCAUACUGAUGGAGCGGCUAUGGGUCUCGCUCCGUUCGAGGUGGAAAUGCGACGCCGGCUCUGGUGGCAGAUUUGCACGCUGGACGUCCGCAUUGCCGAGGACCAUGGCCUAGAGCCUAGUAUUAUGGAGUCUGCGUUCACCACUGAGCUUCCCUCCAACAUCAACGACGCCAACCUGGAUCCGAACAUGAGUGAGCUCCCGCGGGCUCAACCGGGACGGAUGGAGAUGCUGUUCAGUCUUGCUCGGUUUGAAGUAAGCCGCUUUGCACGGAGGGUGGUAUUUUCGGAUAAGUUUUGUAGCUGCAACUCGUACCCCAUCUUGAGCGAGGUGCAGAAGUGCAAGGCAAUCGACCAGUUCAAAGGGCACUUAGAGAAACAGUACUUGUCAUACUGCGACAAAGGAGUACCACUGGACUAUGUCACCACCGCCAUCAAUCGUCUCAUCCUCAUCAAGUUGAAGUUGGCCGUAUGCAAGCCACGAAGGGAUCGGAACCCGGAAAUGCCUGUGCGGACCAACUACCGGAAGGUCUGCGAGGACGUCCUCCAUCACGCGUCCAUAUUGCGACAGUAUGAGAAAGGGACUCGAUGGUUGUGGCUGUUUCAAACCUAUGUCGAAUGGGAUGCCUUGGCCUAUCUUCUGCUGGAGCUCUGUCUCGCACCCUCAUGGGGCCUAUCGGGUACCGCGUGGAAGGCGGCAGACGAGGUCUAUCACCACUGGAACAAUGACCCGGACAUCCACCGUGAUCGUCGCUGGCGGCAUAUUGAAGAACUUCGAGCGCAAGCAUUGACUGUUCGGGAGCGGAUGCAGGCGACUCCUGGCGCGCACAUGGCGACGUCACCCAAAUCUACCAACAGCCCUGAGCAGUCUGACCUCGAUACCGCCGUGGUGCUCGAUGAUCCAGUACACAACGAUGGUAUUCAACAUUCACCCAACUCAAGGGAAAGCAACGAGGAAUACUCGCCCUUUGUGUCAGCAACCCCCAGAAAAUUCAAUCCAACCACUGGACAGGCGUCUCCCAUGUGGGCGCUUGCCAGUGUAGCCACUGCGACCACUGCAGCCCCCUUGGCUCCUAAUGCUAUCCCCUCGAGCGGUGCCGAGUUACCAGGCGGAGGCACUGCCUGUGAGUGGAGUGCCGCGCUUUUCCAGCAGUAUUGGCAGGUAGCAGAGCCAGGACAGGGCAAUUCCGGAUGGUGGCUUUAG